CAAUCCUGAUCGAGUUUACUGAAGAUUUCCCCCCGAAUAAAGUGCGCCGUUCAUGUUGUUAUUCGGUGCACGAAAUACUACAUUGUAGUUGAGGCUGUCGGGCGGUCGUGUGUACGUACGUACUGUACUGAAAUGAGUAAUGGAAGUGUGCAACUUGCUUAAAAACUAAGAUUUUUGUCUCAUCUUCUAAUUGCCGAUUCCAUGUGUAUUGUGAUUGAACACACUAUUGUGUAUACCAUGACAGUAGGCACACAUGUAUUCCUUAUUCACGGUAGAAGUUUGAAGUUGAAAUCUCGUGUACUCUAAGUACAUGUGUGAACACCGCACAUACGAGGUCAUCGUGUACUGUAAAUACGUCUACGGUGCGACUGUUGGAGGCUUCUCGAGCAACAGCGCCGGUGAACACGCUGACAUCUUACCUUAGUGUGUUGACAUUGUGUGCGCCGCUCCAUAGCAUUAACACUGUACAUGUGCACCACAUGGCCACAUGCACAGCAACCUAGCCAAGGUUUUCUUUCCCAUUCUUUUCGUACACCCGUGCCGAGCCCACACCGCGCCAACAACCAUAUUCUAGUUCCCAGUAUGCCUGAACAGUCCGACGUCUUCUUUCGGGACAUGAUGGCACUAGCUACGAGUCCAGAAUGCCUCGGAAAACAACUCUUGGAAGGCGGCGAGGUGAUGAUUUUGGACUACCGUCCUAACUCGUCCUACACCCGCUCGCACGUCGAAGGCGCCUGGAACCUCUCCGUGCCGGGCCUUUUACUGCGUCGUCUCAAGCGCGGUAAGGUGGCGUUCAAAUCUCUGAUUCAUGGCGACGAAGGCAAGGAGGUGUUCGCCAGGAAGUCGCGGUCCGUGCCUGUGGUGCUUUACGAUGAAGGUUCGACGGACGUGAACGCCAACUCAGACUCACCCUUCGUUCUACUACUCAAGAAACUGCAGGAAGAAGGGUGUCGUGCCUCGUAUUUGAAAGGUGGCUUCAACCGAUUCAAGGAGCAGUAUCCAACUCUGUGUGUGAACCAGCAGGACGACAACAGCGACUCGGACUCGGGCUGCAUCAACGACCUGGGUUUUGACAAGCUCAAGAUAGACACCUGCCGGGAGACGGACUCGGAAACGCCCUUGGACAACAGAUACCCCGUGGAGAUCUUGCCCCACCUCUUCCUGGGCUCCAAGCAGGAUUCAGAGAACUUGGAGCUCCUGCACAAGCUGGGCAUCAAGUGCAUCCUGAACGUCACGCCCAACAUCCCAAACUGUUUUGAGAGCAACGGCCUCAAGUACAUGCAGAUCCCCAUCCCAGACCACUGGAGUCAGAAUCUGGCCAAGUUCUUUCCUGAAGCAAUAGAAUUUAUCGACGAAGCUCGCAGGGUCAACGAAGGCAUCCUGGUGCACUGUUUAGCUGGUGUCAGCCGCUCUGUCACCGUCACCGUAGCCUACCUCAUGCAGAAGCUGUGCAUGACGCUGAACGAUGCCUAUGACUUCGUCAAGAAGCGGAAGAACAACAUCUCGCCCAACUUCAACUUCAUGGGCCAGCUGCUGGAGUUUGAGCAGCAGCUGAGAGACAGCCCCUGCCGGGGCGGAGACUGCAGCUGUGCCAAGGAGGGGCGGCGGCUGUGCAUGAGCCCGGACCCUGUCCUGCAGUCGCUCAUCCCCCAGACCGCCCUUUCUUCCUCCUCCUCAACAUCCACCUCAUCUGCUUCCUCCUGGGAGCAGACGCCGGAAACCUCGUCUAGGAGAAUGGAAUUCAAUUUCACAGUCGACAGCUGAGUAUGAGCUCAGUAGAGAUUCAGGAGGACACCGGUUCUUUACAGUAACUUCACAAACAGAUGGAGGAAUCAGGGAAGAGUUUCCCAACUAACUGCACUGUAAGUGAUGGGAAACGUACCUCUCGGACAGAGAAGACAAGUUUUGAAAUGUUUGAACCCAUUUUCCUGAUCAUCGUAAUGUAUGAUGUUUGACAGUGCACUCACCUGACAAGAGGAGGAAGCAGCACAUUGAUGAGUCUGAUGUAUUUCAUAAGAGAGGAAGUUCAAAAUGAGGAAGGAAAUGUUAUAAACACCAAGAGCCGUUGAGAACGGAAAUUAAGGCUUGUGUUGGUUUCUGUUUCGUCGGUCAUAUUUACUCAGAAUUUGCAUUAUAAGACAUGACUAGUUAGUUGCAUACGUGUACAUAGGUACGUAAGGUCAGUUUACGUGCACACAUAUAAUUCAGGUACAUGUUUUAUAAAGAACUGCAGAUGCGACAGCGACACAUUCUUGUUAAGCUUGGAUAUAAACGCUUGUCCUUUAUCAGUGUCAUAUUAUUUGAGAAUUAAGGGUGUGGCUUUUAUGUUCAUUCACGUACAUUGUACGUAGCAUGUUUAUCAGGGAUGAUGGGGUUGGACUCCCACAUGUACAUAUUGUACACGUGCAUGCCAUAACCAAGAAGCCAUGUUGGCGUGUUGAAGUUUGGUAAGUUGGCUCCAUGCCAAAAUAGGCUAUUGUGAUAACCCUGGCUCUUGCACAAUAGGAAGUAUUUAUACAUUUGAUACACAGCAGAUAGCAAAGCCCAUUUCCCCUGUAAUGAAAAACAAAUCUCUAUAUACAGGAUUGUCUUUUGUAGUCCACAACUUUGUAAUUGCAGUGCUUGUACCCAACACUUUUUGUGUGUGUACUGUUUGCCUUUACAUUAUGAAUUACUCACACAAACAUUUAUAAUUCUUACACUACAACACUGAAACAAAAGGCAGAAGUGAAGGUUAACUUUGACACAAAUUAUUUGUUGUACAGUUGUGUAUAUAUUUAUAUUCUAUACCCAGUGUACAGUUAAAGGAGUACAUUAAUUAAGUGAUUUUUGUAUAUAAAAACUGUAAAUAGUAUGUAAAGAAAACAUAGAAGGUGCAGAAUUGUACAGACUGUCCCUUUUGACAUACAUGUAAUUAUUCCAAUGAUAUUAACUGCUCAGAUUUUUCGGUUUGUUUGACUAGACUGACUUGUUUUGAAUUCAGUUUGAAUGGAUAUUAAUCUUUUUUAGACAAAUCAUCACUCAUGUGUGAAAUGGAAAUUUUGUAAAGAGGGGGUGUUAUUUUUAAGAAUUGAGAUUCAUGAAACCAUUUUUCAGACCUGAAGUGCAAUGUGCAUUCAUGCAGCGCACUGGUACAUGAUUCCACAUUGCUUACAUGUCAGAUGUAGCCAAAGUCAUGCAAGGAUAUACAAUGUAUUCGUUUCCUACCUACAUGUCCGUUCACGUUCACGGUAGAUAAGGUUCGAGAGUUCACAUGUCGUAUGUUUUGUCCUGCACAGAGCCAGUGUACAUUUCUGUCGGAAGAAGUACUUCCUGAUAAAAAAAGGAACAUUUUGUGCUGAACAAAACAAAUCAGCCUUAAUCGAUUUCAUGUGUACAUGAAAAAGAUGAAAAACAUUCAUGUGAGCUUUUUGAAAACUACCGGGUAUCUGUCACUAAAUUCAAUGUACAUGUAUAGAAAACGUUUUUUUGGGCGACGAUUCAGGAUCUCCAAUGAACAAAUUACCUCAAGCUUUUGUCUAAUUUUACGUAAGAUUCUUAGGUUUUGACAGUGUAAAAACAACUCAGUUAUAUAAAGUUUAUUUCGUGUGCGGACAUUUUGAAAAUGAAAAUCUUGUUCAUUGUUUUGCUAUUACAGGCUGAAUUAACAAAUCUCUAAAGUAGUUCUUCAAAAGAUAAAGAAGAGAAAAAGAUGUCAAGUACUUAAAUAGUUUUUGAGAUUCGGAGAUCUGAACACAGAUCAUGAAGUGUGUGUUUUGUAACUCUUAUUCACAUGUAUAAAGUAUACCCUGAAGUAUCAUACCUCCCCUCCCAUUUGGGUUUUUAUACAUUCUGAAAAUGUAGCUGAGGUACAUGUAGGCAUGAUGUCAGAGAAUUAAGGUUCACAUCAUAAACAUAAAUAUUAAACAUAUUCAAUAAGUGUCAGCCAUUUGAGCAAAAGGGCUGUUAUACAGUUCCUGCCUGAUGUGGUACAUGUACAUGAUUUUGAAAUAAUAUCCAUUUCCAUUUCAUGGAUAUUUUACUGUGUUGAUCUCAAGUGUUCUACACAUUCCCUGUACUUAAGAGAUGAACCCACAAUCUGCAAUGGUGAUAUGUGAAGGUUUAAAUAGUAACUUACCUCAAACUAAGGUCCUUAACAUAGUCGAGCCUCCUUGCUCUAUGGUCUAAAGGACAAACAAGACAAUAGCAUAAAAAGUUAAGUUUAUUUCUAAUGUAGUAUAGACCUGACCUGUGGAGAGCUAACACUGCAUUUUUAUGUUGAGCAUCGAAAAUUUUGUAGAACAGAUUAUAAAAUUUCUCUUUGUGUGAGACCAAACUUGCCCCAUUUGAUAGGCACUUUAAUCCAUCGCUAUGCAUCAUGAUUCAUUGGUUGCUACUUGCUAGGCAUUCAGACAAGCAUUAUGAAAUAUGAAAGGUUUUUUUUUACGAGAAUAUGAAGACAUUAUUUAUAAAUGUUUAUUAUUUUGUUUGCUUAUGUUUUCCUGGGUUUUUUUUUGGGGGGGGGUAAUUUUAAGUGUUUUUGUUUAUUUAUUUUUUACAAAUUUAUGGAUACAAUCCUCCUAGUCCAGUAAAGAAAUGGCUUUUAAACACAAAAUGCAAAAACAGCCUGGAAAUGAUUUGCUUUGUGUAGACAUACAGCAAAGUUUACAUUGAAGAUUGGUGUUUUGCAUUUCUUUAUUCCAGUGGCUGGUAUUCAGGAGAGCAAUUGUUAUCAGUGUAAGUACCACAAUGAUCAUAAUGUAGUCAUCACACCGAGAGAAGUCUGUUGAUUCUUCAUUCAUCCUACAAAAAAAAUAUGUGUGAAUAUGAUUUAUAUUUUUAUAUUUCUCAUAUCCUCAAUUUUAUCACAAUAUGAAUAUUCACAGGGGAUGUUUACUUUAAAGAUGUGAUGGGUUUGGAUGAAACCGUAUGCUGAAUAUGACUUAAGGAAGGGAAACUCUUACAGCUCGCUUCGUCAAGUUAUUCAGCUCUGUGGAUAUAUCAUAUUUGAUAAGGCAAAAAAAAAACAGUUUCUCAUCCCUGCCUUCUUCAUUUUCCCGGCCCGCCUCCUUUUGAAAAAGUUUUGUUACAUUUGUAAUACAUUGUAUACAUGUAUUUUACAUGUGUAUUGUCAAUAUACAGUGCACCGAAAUCUUGAUAAGUCAAACCUCAAGGGAACAGGUUCAAAAUCUGACUUAAGCAGAGUUUUGAGUUAUGCAGGGUUGUAUAUAUCAUUGUUAUACUACUGAAGGCCAUGAAUUCUUUGUUUGACUAAACAGUUGUUUUGAGUUAUCAGAAUUGGACUUAUCAAGAUUUCAUUGUCUUUUUAUUUGUUUCCACAAAAUUGUGGCUACAUAUGUGUGUGUAAUGGACAUUGGCUUCUUUAGACACAAUUUUGUAUCAGUAAAAUAGUCGAGAGAACUGAAGAAUCCAUCCGCCGUGCUGGAAAAUCCACCAUCUUGGGAAGAAAAACAAGCGCCCGCCUACUUCAUUUUUUUUCAAAAACACCGGACUACUUAUUAUUAUUUUUUUUUUUUUACUCGGCCUAAUGUACAACAUACAGCUUUGGAAAUAAUUAAAUCUGUUGGUUUAUUUCUGUGAUUGAUUAUGUUCCACCUGCUAAUGGCUAUCAGACUUGGCAUGAAUUUGUUUGUUUGUUUGUUUGUUUGUUUUUUGAUCAGGUUUUUUUUGUGUAAAUGUGGUGAAUAUUGUCCUUAUUUCAAGUCAUGUCUAGCCUACAUGUACUUAACAAACAUAAAGUAUCAGGUACAAUCUUAAUGUACCGGUACUCUAAUUUGUAGUAAAUUCUGUCCCAUUUUGGGCUCCAGACAUAUUCAUAUGAUUGGAACUGUAAAAAAAAUAAGUGUUUUACAGUGUCAAUUUUGCACCUGUUUUGCAGCUGAAAACUGAGGACAGUUGCUGAAACAAGGGGUUUUGAUAGCAUAACAUGUACCACUAUGAAUGUUGCUUUGUUUUGAGGAUCAGCUUCACACAUGUAUGCAUUUUUUUUUCAUCAUUUCUCAAAUGUAUUUUAAAGCAUAGUUCCAAGAACUUCCUUGCUAAUUAAAACACAAGAUCUGUGCCCAAAUUACUUGGCACUUAAACCUCUUGCUUCAGUCAUAUGUCCUCAAUUUUUACACCUUUUUUAUACUUGUAAAAUAGUGUAACACAGUUUACAAUCUGUACCCACUGUACAUGUGUUCCAUCAUGUAUGUCAUUCGGCGCAUGAUUCUGAAUUGGUUGUUUGCCAACCUACUUCAAAUCUAGGAAUAACAGAUUAUAGUUUUUACAAAAAAUAUGGACAAGGAAAAAGGGUAUCUUUUUUGCCUGGUGAAAUAUAUUUUGAAUAACCAGAAGAGUGUAUUUAAAUCCAUUUAAAAUGAUUAAAAUACGUAGACUUAUGUAAGUGUUUAUUAAAUACAUAUAUCAAUCAAGUAAGCUGUAAAAAAAUGAAACAUAUUCAUGACUGUGCUAAUUUUCAAUCGAUGAAGAUGGUGGUUACACCUAUGUAAUUUUUAUUUACGGUGAAUAAAUAUUUUUUAAACUGGA